AUGUCCUGUGGCAGCAGCAGCCGCGCGCGCCCUCCACGUGCCGGCCCGCGGCUGCUGGCCUUUACUCUUUACUGCCGGCGGUCGCAAAGGUCGGCCCGCCGGGGCGGCCGCUGGCUGCGGGCCAGCCGGCACUGGGUCACCUCGGCCCUGUCAGCCGCCGGGCCGGCUCCACAACCACAAGUGCUGACGGCUGUCCCCGCUACUGUUCGGGAGCGCAGAUGUGGCGGCGUUAAAGCGGCUCGGUGCCCCACGGGGCGAGAUUACCCAAAUCUGACAGCUGAGUGGCGCCCCGGCCGCAAUCACAGCGGCGACGGCGGCGGGUCUGCGAGGCCGACGAGGCCGCUGAUGACGGCGAGGGGGGUGGGCGGUGGGGGUUUGCCUGGGGGCGCCCCGUGGCCAGGCCGCGCCGCAGGUGGACAGCCGCUCACCGACAGCUGGCGGCGUAACUCGGCAGCCAUGCACUGGAGAUGGACUGGACCGACGCGUCUGACUCCACCACGCCCUCCGCACACUGUGUAUGCCAUGCGUGUGCGGCUUAUCUGGCGGAAACUUCCCGCCUCGGCAAAGGGCGUGGGCCGCGCCGCCGCUCCCGUGGGAGCCAGCCAGCCACAUCACACAACGCCACGCCUCACCUCGCGUUGCGUUCCAGCCAGCCAGCCAGCCAGCCAGCCAGCCAGCCCGUCGGCGUGCAGCAGUCCAGCCAGCAGUGGUCCCCGUCAGCAGCCAGCAGUGUUCCCCGCCAGCAGCCAGCAGCGUUCCCCGCCAGCAGCCAGCAGUGGUCCCCGCCAGCAGCCAGCAGUGGUCCCCGCCAGCAGCCUGCAGUGGUCCCCGCCGGCACCGGUCCCUGCCAGUAGCCAGCAGUCAGCAGCCAGCAGCCAGCAGCCAGCAGUGGUCCCAGCUGCCCCCACCACCACCACCACCACCACCGCCACCGCCACCACCACCGCCACCAGCAGCAGUGGAGGCAUCCCCAGCGGCCAGCCAGCCGGGUCGCCCCCCCACCAGCGACAGCAGAGUGGGGCUUCCGCCCCAAACCUCUUCUACAGCCACCACCACUGCCAUCAUAUACACCUCCCCCUCUGCCGCUGCUACCACUAA